CCAGUUCUGCUCGGACCAGCCUUCUUCAUCGUCGUCAUCAUGUGGGCCCAUCUGCUCUUUGCUCUGCUGGCGUGCGUGCCGCUCCCCGGCCAGGCGGUGGCGCCUUCCGAGGACAUCACCUGCCACCACGACAGCGUUGCGGCCGCGGCGAACUUCGCCGUCCGUCACAUCGACGAGCACCACCAGCACGGCUACAAGUUCAAGCUCAGAGAGAUCAGAGAACACAACUACCAACAGACGGCUGACGGUUGCAACGUUGACCUUGAGUUGAUGCUCCAGGAGACCAAGUGCCACUUCACCGACCCCAAACCUGUUGAGAACUGUAUAGCGUUUGACAUAAGUCAACGGGGCGCGGUCGCCAACUGCAGGGUCAUGUUGAGCGUGCAGGCCAGCGGGACCACCGUCACCCGUCAUCAGUGUACCACUAAACAAACAUACUCCAAUGAAGAGAUGGUGAGGAUGUGUCCCGACUGCCCCAUGAUGCUGCCUCUCAACAACCCCAAUGCGGUGCAGGCAGUCCAGGAGGCGGUGCAGAAAUACAACCGGGAGUCCAACAACCAGCAUUAUUUUGCUCUGCUGGAAGUUGGACGUGUGCUGACUUCGUACAUCCCAUCCAGUGGCAUGAUGACCUUCCCCACGUUUGUCCUGGUUGAGACAAACUGUCCCAAAAACUCCAGGAUCGCCCCCGAGGCCUGCACACCUCGCUGCCCCCAUAGAGCUCAACACGCCGUGUGCUCAACAUCUUAUUCUGUGAACGGAGUCUCCCCACCAGAGUGUGAAUUGUUCCCAGCCAAAAACUCUACCCCCCUCGGGCCCGGCGAGGUGGAGCCCCAGUGCGGGCCGUCCUUUCACCACAGACAUGAGGCAGACACCUGCAGGUCUCAGAUGACCGACAACGAUCCAGCUCUCCACAACAUUUGUCCCUUCCCUCUCGCCGCACAGCUGCCACAUCAAGAGGCGGUUUAAACACCGCGCUGUUAUCAGCUCACACAUGUCAAGUCAAUAAAAAACCUAAACCUU